AUGUCGACGGGGUCUACACCAGAGCAUGAUAGUACUCAAGAAACCAUUACAGAACAUCUAGGUUUUGCUCCAAGUCAGCUCAUUGACGAUGUCAUCAAUACCGUCAACGAGUUAUUGUAUCAGACCAUGACUUCGUUGGCACAGUUUGUAGAGGAGCAAAUGGACCCAGGAGACGAAGUAGAUAGGGGAAUGGCAGAGAUUGAAACGCUAAUGGAGCAUAGUGUUGACAAAUACUUUGAUAAAUUCGAACUCUUUGUAACCAAAAACGUCUUCUCGGUGCCAAAAGGACUAUCAAUACCGUCCCCUCAAUAUCAGGGCUUGAAUCUAAACGUAACAGCAGCUGAUGAAGAAUCGAUAGAUCAAGAGUUGGCUGCAGCGAGAAAACGAUUACUAGCGUCAAGAAUGUUAAAUCACCGCCUAAAGACAGAGACGGAAUUAGCACGCCAGCAGAUAGGUCUUCUGCAGCCACUACGGAACCAAAUGCUGCGACUUGAAUCUAUACCUGUGGACUGUCAUGUAUCACCACUACCCGCCUAUCUGACACAACUAGCAGACUCCAUCACAUCUAUGCGAACAGCCUACGAAAACACCACUACUCAAUUAUCCAGAACAUCACUAUCAUCACUGAUUUCUCGAGCAUCUAAACGAUCCCAAUACUUGUCUUCAGCUAUUGCUCAUCACAUGGAGGAACGAAAGCAUCGAGAUGAUGACAGCAGCAACAACAAGGAUACUGGUCAAAGUGACGAUGGUGAUCCUACAAGUAGCGGUGGUGGUAAACGUCAUGGUUCCGGUGUUGAAUUGGAGAUACCGGAAUCAAAGAAGAGGAGGAGAAGCUCGUGGGUGAGAACUGGGAUACCGGUGCCAGCUAAGAACGUGGAUUUUCAGACAGAGGUCAUGGAAGCUGAUUCAGUAGGGGUCUCAAAAGAUAUUGAGGCUUUUCAGCAAUUGCUGGAACGAUCAUGA